AUCAUGUUCUCAGUGUUGUUCCUUUUCGGGUUAGUUUCGACUGCCCUGAGCUUUCCGGGACCAGUCGGAGUGACGGAAGGACUUCCGGAGCUGCAAGUCGAAGAAUUUUUCGAUAAAGUUGCAGUAACAGUCUUUUCGAAACUUAGUAAAUCUACAGACCUACCCGAAGUCAAUUGGGGGAUUGAUAGCAUCUAUGGAAUACCCUUCAAGCUCAGAAUUCAGACGAAGCAAGGUAAACUGGAGAGUCCCACGGAGGUGAAGAGGAUAACAAGAGUGUCCGGUGUCCAAGAAGCGUCCGGAACCGCGCAUGUAGAAGGUUACCUCUACCUUGGCAAGCUGCAAGUGACCUACGAAACGUUCACCGUGAACAUCUUCGGCCUGGAGCUCACAGGCAAAGCGAUGGCCAACAUCAACGAGGUUACGACCCCCGUGAACAUACACAUUUACAAGAACUCAGUUAAACCUCAAUCGACGACCGCGACGAUUGGAGAACUCAACGGGUACGUCACAGUCCACCUCGGCUCAGAUACCGGCUACCAAGCAGUCCUCAAUUAUAUCUUAGAUGCCGUCUUCAUACUCAGGUAUGUACACGAUGCCUUCCGCUGGGCUUUUUUCCAAAGCAUUGUGCCAAUUAUCGAACAAGCUCUAAGUGAAGCAGCAACAACUAUUACUCUGUAAGAUCUAAAACUCCACUUUCAGGAAGAGAGUUAUCAUUUACGAA